GUCCCAUUUGACCGCUGCGGUUCUUCAAGCAGCGCUCAGUGAAUGAGAAAAGAAGCGGAGAGCGCAUCUUGCUGCUGGCUUGCUGGCAUCAGGACCUCACUCACCACAUGGAGACAUCCAAAGCAGCCUUCCUGCUGGCAGUGCUUGUCUACACUCCUGUAAGCGGGAGUGAUGUCGUGGGGGGCUACGCCAAAACCGGGGGUGCCUGGCUAAUCUCGAUCAACAAGCGACUGUAUACCACCAACACGGUGAACGAGUGCGCCGCUAAAUGUGAUGCUGAGACCAGUUUCACUUGCAGGUCCUUCAUGUAUGUUGACAAGGAUCAGGAGUGUUGGACAGCAGGGGCAAACUCCAAAACAGAGACAGUCCUGCGCAGAACCAGCGCAGCCUUAUAUGAAAAACAAGAUUACCUACUGGAGUGUGUGAACGGAAUCGGAAAGGACUACAGAGGAACAAAGUCCAGAACAAAGUCCGGAAAGACAUGUCAACGAUGGGACGCUAAAUUCCCGCACAGGCCCAAUUUGACGCCUGAGACCAAUCCCAAAGCAGAUCUGGAGUCCAACUUCUGCAGAAACCCAGACGGAGACGCAGGGGGUCCCUGGUGUUACACCACCGACCCCGAAACCCGCUGGGAGCACUGCAACAUUGCAAGCUGUACAGAGGACUGCAUCCACUGCAAUGGUGAGAACUACCGAGGUAAGGUCUCCAUCACAGAGAGCGGUGUACCCUGCCAGCGCUGGGACUCGCAGGAGCCUCACAAUCACGGAUACAACCCCAAUGCGCUACCGCAGAAGUAUCUGGAAGAGAACUACUGCAGGAACCCAGACGGAGACCCCAAGCCAUGGUGCUUCACGACCAACCCCAACAAGAGAUGGGAAUUCUGCUCCAUCCCUCGCUGCACAUCGGAAGCUCCCACCAUAGCCUCAGAGACCACCUGCGCUACGGGUGAGGGCAGUGCUUACCGGGGAACCAUUGCAGCGACCGAGUCCGGCAAAACAUGUCAGAGCUGGUCCAGCCAGACACCUCACAAGCACAACCGCUCACCUGAAAACUACCCCUGCAAAGGUCUCGACAAUAACUUCUGCCGGAACCCCGAUAACGAGAGGAAGCCGUGGUGCUACACCACCGACCCUGACACCCGCUGGGAGUACUGCAGGGUGCCGACUUGUGGGGAUGGACCUGGACCAGAUGAGCCAGUCAUUCCCACAGAGGAUGAUGACUGCUACGAGGACGAUGGGUCUAGUUAUCGUGGAGUGACCUCAGAGACUAUCAGUGGGAAAAAAUGUCAGUCUUGGUCCUCUAUGAGUCCACACAGGCAUACCAAGACUCCACAGCAGUACCCUACAGCGGACCUCAGGAGAAACCUGUGCAGGAACCCAGACGGAGACCAAGCUCCCUGGUGCUACACCACCGAUCCCAGCGUACGCUGGGAAUACUGCAACUUGCAGAAAUGUUCCAGCAGUCCCGUUGAAGAAAGCACGCCCGCCAUCGAACCCAGCACACCUGAAAAACCCUCCACCGAGGAGACGAGCCCGAAAGACUGCAAGGUUGGGAAUGGCGCCACCUAUCGGGGCACAACUUCUAUCACCAUCAUGGGUGUGACUUGCCAAGCUUGGAAUGCUCAGACGCCACACCUACACAACAGUUUCACACCGGAAACUCACCCUGAGAAGGGCCUGGAUGGCAACAGCUGCAGAAACCCGGACAAUGACGCAAACGGACCCUGGUGCUACACAACAGACCGCAAUAAGAAAUGGGAUUACUGUCAGAUUGCUGACUGCGCGGGUGUAACAUGCGGCACACCCGCCACCAAACCCAAGCGCUGCUACGGUCGCAUCGUGGGCGGCUGCGUGGCUAAAGCGCAUUCGUGGCCCUGGCAGAUUAGCCUUCGUACCAAUUCAGGAAUUCACUUCUGCGGGGGAACUCUGAUCCACCCUCAGUGGGUGCUAACGGCCGCUCACUGCCUGGAGAGGUCCAAGCGACCGGCGGCCUACAUGGUUGUUCUGGGCUCACACAGGGAGCAAACCCUGGAGGCCUCUGCCCAGCAGAGGGGCCUGGAGAAGUUGGUGCUGGGACCCAACAAUGCUGACAUCGCACUGCUCAAACUAGAAAGGCCUGCAGUCAUUAAUGACAAAGUGUUACCUGCUUGUUUGCCAGACAAGGAUUACAUUGUUCCUAGUGGAACCGAAUGCUACGUCACCGGAUGGGGAGAAACUAAAGGUACACGCUUCAGAUCACACAGUACGGGCGGCGAGGGCAUCCUAAAAGAAACGGGCUUCCCGGUCAUCGAGAACAAGAUCUGCAAUCGUCCAUCGUACCUCAACGGCAGAGUGAAAGAUCACGAGAUGUGCGCCGGGAACAUCGACGGCGGCACCGACAGUUGCCAGGGCGACAGCGGGGGUCCUCUGGUGUGUAAUGCACAAAACAAGUUCAUCCUGCAGGGUGUCACUUCUUGGGGUUUGGGCUGUGCCAACGCCAUGAAGCCCGGCGUUUACGCACGGGUUUCCAAAUUUAUGGACUGGAUCGAUCGAACCAUCAAAGCCAACUGAAGUGGACUGGGAAAUAAUAGAUUAAAUCGUAAAGGGACGCAAAGUAUGACUGGAAUAAACACUGGGGAUACGCAAAGA